AAAACGUCGGGCAGGUGAACACGGUGCCCAGUCAGUCGGUUUGCCUUGCCAGAGGAACACACGCUCUCCCUCGCUCGCGCCCUCACUUGUCCCAUCCCGCCCGCUCGUGCAGUUUCAUGACCCCCUUCAGCGCGCCCUUCUCCCUGCCUCUCCGUAGACAAGUGCACCUCAACCUCUACCUGUCGCCUCACGCUGAUCUCUGGGUAACGUGACAGCACCUUGGACGCGGCCCCGAGAGGGUACGACAGGUGCCACGACAUCCCACGAGGCGACUGAGAGAGCCUCCGCGGUUCAGAACGGCGCGCGACACGGGGACUCUGCCGCCGCCGUUGUUAAGCUCAGAGAAGCUACGAUACAGCCGGCACGAGGCUCCACGAGGGGAUUUUGACGGCUAGCAUUGCUCUGGCCUGGCUGAGACGCUACGUUCCAGGCGGCUCGAAGCUCUCACGCGGAUUCUGACGGCCAGCGUUAUUGAGUCCCGUGGGGCAGCGUGGCCGAGCUCAGAGGGUGUCGCUGGGCUCAGAUGGAGGCCGUGAUCGAGCGCGUGCGUCGUGUAGCGGUGAUUAGUGACGAUGACCACAUUGUACCAGACUGCGACGACGGCCACAUGAACGACCCACACGAACCCACGACACAGCCUCCCUGGGCCUCAGACUCGCCGUCCCCCCCUCUCCCUCAGGCCGAGCUGGACAAGUAUCUCCCCAGCCUGGCGGAGGGCUCGGUACAACCUCGCCGCGACUCCGCCUCUCAGAUCGACGAGUUCUUCGAGGGCGAGGUGGACCCAAACACGGGGACCUGGGUGACAGGCGGAGGGGGCGGCGGCGGGGGGCGGAGGGGGGGCAACACCUACGUCUCCCCCGUCAGCCUGUCGCACCCCCACGACGAGGACGUGUUUAUUAAGCCCGAGCCUGUGAAUGAGUCCCCGCGCCUGAGCCUCUGGGAUGACGUAACAGGGGAUCUCCGUGGGCUGGACAGCGAGCCACAUGACCUCCUCGGGGCCAUGCUGGGGGCGCCGCACCACCCCCACCACCACAGCCACGGCCUCAGCCACCACCACAGCCUCCCGCAGUACCUCCCGCCGCAGCAGAUCAAGCUGGAGGACUCCCCCUUCCCCCCGCCCUGCAGCCUGGCCCAGGACUCACCCAAGCUCAUCUCCACACCCUCACCGCCGCCCCCCCUCGGCCCGCCCCCUCGUUUCCAUCACCCCCACACCCCCACCUCCACACACCCCGCCUUCAGGUUCCCCUCCAGCACCACCCUAGGCCUCUCCCCCCGGCUCUGUAUGCCCCCCACACCCCCAGCCUCAGACCAGGGCUCCCCAGCUGACCCACACUACCGUCGGCCAUCACCGCCCCCCUACAUGGUGCCCCCCUCACCCACAUCGGCGGGGGUCGGCGGCCCCUCCACAUGCACCUCGGGCCUGGGGGGUGGAGGAUGCGCCCCCCUGAUGCUGGCGUCGCCCUCCCUGCCCUCCACGCUGUGCUCGGAGGCGGCGGGGGUGGUCAAGUACUCGCGGCGGAACAACCCAGAGCUGGAGAAGAGACGCAUCCACCACUGCGACUUUCCGGGUUGCACAAAAGUCUACACAAAAUCUUCUCACCUCAAAGCUCAUCAAAGAAUACAUACAGGUGAGAAGCCGUACAGAUGUCAGUGGCCGGAGUGUCAGUGGCGGUUCGCUCGGUCGGAUGAGCUGACGAGGCACUACAGGAAACACACCGGCGCCAAACCCUUCAAGUGCAAGGUGUGUGAGCGGUCCUUUGCGCGCUCCGACCACCUCGCCCUGCACAUGAAGCGCCACCUGCCGAAGUCACAGAAGUAGAGAGAGGUAAGCUGAAGAAGGCGGUGACGAAAGGAGGGGAGACUAAGAAAGGAGUUACAUGGAAAGAUAGUUAGGAGAUAAGGAUAUUAAGUAAGGUGAAGGAAGCGAAGAAGGAACGAAGGAAGAUGAAGGAGUGAAGGAGAAGAGACGGACAGCUUAUAAGGAUGAAAUCAUAAGAAAGAGAAAUAAGAAAGGAAGGAAGGAAGGAGACAUAAGAUAAGCCUUCCGGAACCGCAGGAGAGAGAGGCUGAAGAAGGCGACGAAGAAAGGAGAACGAAGAGGAAAGAACAGAAGAUAGAAGGAGUUUAAGAAAGAUGAGAAGCGAAGAGAGGAAGAAGGAAAGAAGGCUGAUGACGAAGGCGAUGAAGUGAAGACGGAAGGAGGAAAUAAGAAGAAGAAUAUAAGAAGAGAAGGAAAAUGAAAAGAGAAAUCCCCAAGUUAUAAAAGCAGAAAGAGGAAGAAAAGUAAAGAGGAAUACACGAAGGAAGAGGAGAAGGAAAGGAGGAAGAGAAAUGAAUGAAGGAAAGUUAAGAAAUGAAGAAACCAGUGAAGGAAAAGAUGAUUGGCUACGAGAAUGAAGGAAGGAAGAAGGUGAAGGAAGGUGAUUGGUGGAUACGAAAGUGAAGGAAGAAGGAAAUUGAUGUUGACGUGAGAGAAGAAAGUGAAAAGGAAGGUGAUUGGUUGAUAGGAAAGUGAAGGAAGGAAGUGAUUGGUAUUGACGUGAGAGAAGAAAGUGAAAAAGAAGGUGAUUGGUGGAGAGGAAAGUGAAGGAAGGAAGUGAUUGGUGUUGACAUGAGAGAAGAAAGUGAAGAAAAAGAAGUGAUUGGGUGAUUGGUGAAUAUGAAGAUGAAGGAAAAGACGAGAAAGUGACUGAAAAUGAAGGAAAAAAUACAGGUGAAUAAGAGAAUGAAGGAAAAAAUGAAAAAGUGACUGAAAAUGAAGGAAAAAAGGGGAAAAAAAUACAAGAAAAGUCAGACGUAGAAGGAAAUGAAAAGGAAAGGAAAGGAAAAUCAAGGAAAAAAACGAAAUAUUGUCACCUCCUUUAUUUUCCUUUUUCUUUUUACUAAUUUUAAUCUUAUUUAUUUUAAUCAUUUCUUGUUUUUUUUUUAUCUUUUCUUAUUUAGGUAGUUUUUAGAAAUGACAAAAACAACAACAACAAAAACAACUUGGGCAUGAAAACAGCUGAUUGUGAAGAUGAAAAUGAUGGUGUAGAUGAUGAUGGUGAUGAAUUUGGUGAAUGUUACGAUGGUGAUGAAAGUGAUGAUGUUGGUAAUGAUGUUGAUGAUGGUGAUGAGGGUGACGAUGAUGGUGGUGAUGGUGACGCACUCCUUCACCUUCAUCAUCUUCCUCUACGUGUGUGACUAGACAUCCUUUCUUUUUUAGUAAUAUAAUUUUUUACAGUGUUUUAUAGUUUAUUAAAGGUAAGGCGAAUUAUUAUUAUUAUUAUUAUUAUUAUUAUUAUUAUUAUUAUUAUUAUUAUUAUUAUUAUUAUUAUUAUUAUUAUUAUUAUUAUUAUUAUUAUUAUUAUUAUUAUUCUGCAAUGGUGUUUAUAUUUUUUUCUUUUAUUUAUGAAGGUGACGGACGAUCAUUCUUUUUUAUCGUAUACACGAAUGCUCUUUUUUAUUGUUUGUUUGUUUUCCAAGAUGGUGUACAAUUAUUUUUUAUUUCCAUUCAUAUUUUUUUAACUGUUUUUAUCAUGGUGACGAAGGAAUAGUUAUACACGAAUGCUCUUUUUAAUUUUUCAAGACUGUUCACUUAUUUUUUUAUUCAUACUUUUUUAGACAUUUUAUUUCACUAUUUUAAUCAUAUAGACGGAGGAGCAUUUACCACCACACUCGAAUGCUCUUAAUUUUUCAAGAUUUUAUGAUUUACGAAUAUACACAAAUGGUCUAAGUUUAUUUAUUGUUUUAAGUUCUAGAGGACGGCUGUACUAUUAUUACUAUUACUACCAUUAUUAUUAUUAUCAUCAUUAUUAUUAUUAUUAUUAUUAUUAUUAUUAUUAUUAUUAUUAUUAUUAUUAUUAUCGUAGGCCCGUCACCCUCCACCCAGGUCAAGGCCAUCUUCUAGGCAAGGCCACAGCAUGUAUUUAGCACGUUAAGGCGUUCUCAGCUCCUAGCGUUAAGGCUUUCUGGCUGCUCCCGUCCCCUUUGUUUUAGCAGACACUCAGACAUACAGCCCCCUCUCCCCCCCUUCCACCCCUUUGCCCCCCUUUGCCCCCCAAGCCACUUCCCAAUUAUCUACGUGGCUCACUUAUGUCUACCAUCCCCUUCAUUCUUUAAUCUCCCACCCCCUUCACUUUUUAAUCUACCACCCCCUUCAUUCUUUAAUCUAUCACCCCCUUCACUCUUUAAUCCUCCCCUUCUCGACCCCCGCCCAUUAUAUACUCCGCCCCUUUACUCCCCUUUCCCCUCACCCUUAGCCAUGUCACAACCCUCACUCCCUCUUCCCUUAAUCCCCACUUUCUCCACCCUUACCUCCCCCUUAUAUGCCCUUUUUUCACGCUUUUUACCCCUUUUAUUCAGACCCUUAGUCACGUCACUACCUCUUCAUUCACCCUUAGAAACCCUUAUAUUUAAACUCUUAGCCAUGUUACUACUCUUUUACCCUUAGACCCCGCCCUCCACCCUUUCUUCACCCUUAGAAUUCCAUAAUGAAGCCCCUCAUCACCCUUUUCCGCUACCCUUAGAAUUCCAUAAUGAAGCCCCCCAUCACCCAUUUCCGCUACCCUUAGAAAUCCUUACACGUAUUCAGACCCUUAGCCCGUUAUACACCCUUAGCUUCCCUUUUCACCCCUUUCCAUUCCCCGCUUCCCUUAGCACUUCCCCCUUAGUCCUCCUUUCCCCUUAGCAAAUACGGCGCUCCCCUUACCCCCUUCCCUUUACCAUUAGUGUCCCCUCCACGUCCCCAACACCCCUGCCACCCCUUACUCACUUCCCCUUAAAAAUGAUCCUCCCCCUUACCACCCCCGUAUUCCUCGCCCCCAUUACCUAAGGCGCCCCCCCACAUGACUAUCACCCAUUAACACCCCCCUUUCCCUUCCCUCCCAUUACCUAAGGCGCCCCAUUCCCCCUCUCCCCCUCCCCUAAACCCUAUUAAUUUAAAGGGUGCGAUUCUGAAACCCCUUUGUAAUGGAGUCUAAUCCCUUAUCCCAUUAAUGUUAAGGGUUUCAAUUCCCUUCCCUUUGCAUUCCGAACCCUUUAUCAGAGUUACCCCUUUACCCCCAUUUAUAGGGUCGCUGCCCCCCCUCCCCUGACACCCAUACAUAGACCCUCCCCCCUAGACCCUCCCCUGUGUGUGUGUGUGUGUGUGAGAGAGAGAGAGAGAGAGAGAGAGAGAGUUAUGAAUGUGUGUGCGUGUGAUGCAAAAGAUCAACACAAUACCUGCCAACUUUGUAUUAUCACUCAGCAUAAGAUUAGUGAGUCGAGCUGCCUGUCUGUCUGUCCCUGAGGUGGUCUAGACUCCAUUGAAAAGUUCUAUUAACAGACUGAAGUAUUAUAAGUUGGGUACAAAAAAGUAAUUCGUCAGGCAGUGUAUUGAGGUUGCUCUGUGGGUUGCAUAGGGUUAAGCAUUGAAAGGUUAUCUUAGGUAAAAAAAGAAGAUUAUAAGAAGUUAGUUGUGUCAAAAUUGAAGUGAAAUGUCAUAAGUUAGAUGCGAAGAAAGGUCGGGUUGUCUUAAGUAAAAAAGUAUUAAAAGAAGUUAGUUGUGUCAAAAUUGAAGUGAAAUGUCAUAAGUUAGAUCCGAAGAAAGGUCGGGUUGUCUUAGGUAAAAAAAUAUUAUAAGAAGUUAGUUAUGUCAAAAUUUAACUGAAAUGUCUUAAGUUAGAUACGAAGAAAGGUCGGGUUGUCUUAGGUAAAAAAAAUAUUAUAAGAAGUUAGUUGUCGAAAUUCAACUAAAAUGUCAUAAGUUAGGUUCAAAGAAAGGUCAAAUAAAUUAAUAACAAGGGGAUGCUUUCACUGGGUUAAGCAUUGAAGGGUUGUCUUAGGUAAAAAAUAUUAUAAGAAGUUAGUUAUGUCAAAAUUGAAUUGAAAUGUCAUAAAAAAAAAAGUUAGGUACAAAGAAAGGUCAAAGAAAUUAAUAACAAGGGGAUGCUUUCACUGAUGGAUUGUAAGACUCUAAACAUACACACACACCCACACACACACACACACACACACACACACACACACACACACACACUCAUACAUACGUGCAAGCACAAAAUAAGCAUUUCCUCCAUUAUAUUUAUUUUUUCCUUCCGUCCUUUCUUUCCUUCUUUCCUUUCCUUCUUCAUCUAGUUAUAUCUUUUUCUUUCCCUUAACACACACACACACACACACACACACACACACACACACACACACACACACACACACACACACACACACAC